CACACACACACUGCGCUGUUGAGUGUGGUGAUGAUUCAGAUUUGAUUUGCUCAUUGUGGAUAUGGGAUGUGUGUGUGUGUAUCUACAGUACAUUCUUAUUUAUACUUUUAGCUGUGUAUGUGAGAGACAGAUGUGAAAAUGCGGUAUGUGUAACAAAAAAGUCUAAAGUCCACCAGCAACACACACACACACAGUCCCUCACCCUACUUUAUGGCUGUGUCGUGUGAUACUACCACUGUGACUACACCUAAAAGUCAAACACCACAUCCUCCAUUUUGUCUCCCUAUAGAUACUUACAUACAGGUAGACACAUUUACUACCUCUGUACGAACACACACGAACACACACACACACACACACACACACUUAGGGUUGAGUGCCUAUAUCCAGUGGGCGUGGCGUUGCCACUAAAAGGCCGGAAGAGCAAGUUCCACAGAGAGAAUGAGACAGAUAUAAAGGAACUGCAUGUGAGUAAAGAAGUAGGGAAGCACCUUUGUAACAACUGAUUUAAUCUUCCACGCUGUUGCUAUGGAGGCGCUAAGUCGUGCUAACGGGGCGUUUGCGCUGGAUCUGUACCGCGCGCUGAGUAAGGAGUCUCCCGACGCCAGCCUGAUCAUCAGCCCCCUCAGCAUCAGCACUGCUCUGGCCAUGGUCUACAUGGGGGCCCGCACGUGCACACACACAGAGAUGGGCAAGGUGAUGCGAUUUGAUCAGGUUCCUGAAGUCCACUCUCAUCUUCAUACCUUGAUGGGGAAAAUCACCACCCCCAGCUCCUCCCACGUUCUCAACCUGGCCAAUCGCCUCUUUGGAGAGAAAAAUUUCGGCUUCUCACCUGAGUUCCUGGCAGGGAUACAGAAGAACUACCUGGCUGAGCUGCAAGCAAUGGACUUCCUGCAGGCUACUGAGGAGGCCAGACAAACAAUCAACCAGUGGGUGAAGGAGAAGACUGAGAAUAAGAUUGAAGAGCUGCUGAAGGCAGGAGUGCUGUCGAAGAUGACUCGUCUGGUGCUGGUGAACGCUGUUUACUUUAAGGGCAGCUGGAUGCAUCGCUUCAAAAAGGAGCAGACGCAAGAGAUGCCCUUUAAGAUCAGCCGGUUGGAGACUCGGCCGGUGCAGAUGAUGUGCCAGACAAAGAAGCUUCCUUAUGGAUGGGUUCCCGACCUGGAGAUUCAGGUGCUGGAGCUGCCGUACACACAAAAGGAGCUCAGCAUGUUCAUCCUACUGCCGCCAGAGGACAAAACACUAACAGAGCUGGAGAAUAAACUGACCAUAGAGAAUCUUCUAGACUGGACACACCCCGCUAACCUGGACGACGGCAGCGACGUGGUCCUGCACCUGCCCCGCUUCAAGCUGGAAACGUCCCUCUCUCUGGGUGACACGUUGUCCGGGCUCGGCAUGGGCUCGCUGUUCGAUGAGGCCACCGCAGACCUGUCCGGCAUGAGCGCCAACGGUGGGCUCUUCAUCUCAACGUUGGCACACAGCGCCGUAUGCGACGUCACCGAGGAGGGCACGGAGGCGGCGGCGGCCACUGCGGCCAUAGCGUCGUUCUGCAUGUUCCGCGAGGAACACUUCAACGCUGACCACCCCUUCUUCUUCCUCAUCAUGCACAACCCCACACGCAGCAUCCUCUUCCUUGGGCGCUACAGCGGGCCACAGUGAGGGACGUAACCGUUGACUGGGCCCCCAACCUUUUCUAUGUGACCACUACCGUGUUAUAUAACAACAAAGCCCUAGUCUUAAUCUCAAACGUUUGACCAAACUGAAUGUUAAAUGUAGUACUGGAAUCUAUCACAACAAAAUUAUUUUGUACCAUUUAAAAAAUUGUUAGAACUUGCAGAGCAGUACAAUUUUGAAAAGAAAAGAAAGUAGACAUUUCCCAAGUCCUUCUCAGCUUCCACAUUGCCCUAAACUCAAUCUCCCUGAGUCCCUGCCAUUAUAACCCAGCUCCUUGUUUUACCUCUGCCUUGCCUCUGAGUUUAAAUAAAGUUAAAAACAAA